CCGGUCCCAUCAGUGUCAUAUGACCAGCGCUGCGCUGUCAUUCCCCACCGUUAGUUAGCAAAGCACAUCGUCUAGCUUCCUCAGGUCUUCUUUUUUCAUUUGCUCCACAAUGGCAACGCUGGUGGCAAACAAGCCGGACUUCAACGGCAUUGCAGCAGCAGCGAGGACGCACACCCAGGCUGUGACAAGAAACUACAUCUCUCAACCCAGGCUGACUUACUCUACUGUUUCUGGUGUGAAUGGACCCCUGGUGAUUCUUGAUAAUGUGAAGUUCCCCAGAUAUGCUGAGAUUGUUCACCUGACCCUGCCGGAUGGCACAAAGAGAAGUGGGCAGGUCCUGGAAGUGAUUGGGAGCAAGGCAGUUGUCCAGGUGUUUGAGGGAACAUCAGGCAUUGAUGCCAAGAAAACGGCUUGUGAGUUCACUGGUGACAUCUUGCGUACGCCGGUGUCAGAGGACAUGCUGGGACGUGUUUUCAAUGGCUCAGGCAAACCCAUUGAUCGUGGGCCUAGUGUUUUGGCUGAGGACUACCUGGACAUCAUGGGCCAGCCCAUCAAUCCCCAGUGCCGCAUCUACCCUGAGGAGAUGAUCCAGACUGGCAUCUCAGCCAUCGAUGGCAUGAACAGUAUUGCCAGAGGACAGAAGAUCCCUAUUUUUUCUGCUGCUGGGCUGCCCCACAAUGAGAUUGCUGCCCAGAUCUGUCGGCAGGCUGGCCUGGUGCAGAAGUCCAAAGAUGUGAUGGACUACAGCGCCGAGAACUUUGCCAUUGUUUUUGCAGCCAUGGGGGUCAACAUGGAGACUGCCCGCUUCUUCAAGUCUGAUUUUGAAGAAAAUGGCUCCAUGGACAAUGUCUGUCUCUUCUUGAACCUGGCCAACGACCCCACCAUUGAACGCAUCAUCACCCCUCGCCUGGCACUGACUACCGCAGAAUACCUGGCGUACCAGUGUGAGAAGCAUGUCCUCGUCAUCCUGACUGACAUGAGCUCCUACGCUGAGGCUUUGAGAGAGGUGUCUGCUGCCAGAGAGGAGGUGCCGGGCCGUCGUGGCUUCCCUGGCUACAUGUACACCGAUUUGGCCACCAUCUAUGAGCGUGCUGGCCGAGUGGAAGGCAGAAGUGGUUCCAUCACUCAGAUCCCCAUCCUCACCAUGCCCAACGAUGACAUCACCCAUCCAAUUCCUGAUCUGACGGGGUACAUCACCGAGGGUCAGGUCUACGUUGAUAGGCAGCUGCACAACAGACAGAUCUACCCACCGAUCAAUGUGCUGCCCUCUCUGUCCCGUCUGAUGAAGUCUGCCAUUGGUGAAGGGAUGACCAGGAAGGACCAUGCUGAUGUGUCCAACCAGCUGUAUGCCUGCUAUGCCAUUGGCAAGGACGUCCAGGCCAUGAAGGCAGUGGUGGGAGAGGAGGCCCUCACCUCAGAUGAUCUGCUCUACCUCGAGUUCCUGCAGAAGUUUGAGAAGAACUUCAUCGCUCAGGGCCCAUACGACAACAGGACGGUGUACGAAACUCUGGACAUCGGUUGGCAGCUGCUGCGAAUCUUCCCCAAAGAGAUGCUGAAGAGGAUUCCACAGAGCACCCUGGCCGAGUUUUACCCCAGGGAAUCUGCUGCCCGCCACUGAGGGGCAAAAGGGGAUGCUCUGGUUCCAACCACACCCACCCUGCCCCCUCUCUCCUUUUUUUUUUUUUUUUUCUCCUUCCAGCUCACUCUUUUCACCCAACCGCCCUCCACCUUAGGGGGCACUGAGACUGGUGUGGUAUGUCCUUAGUCACCCUCCCAGCCCCUAACCCAUCUCCUCCUCAACACCCCACCCAAGAGAACAGAGCAAUAAUCUCAGCUCCCCCUUCUGUAGAUGUAUUGUACUGUAUCUGUGUCCACAGGUCUUGUAUGGAAAAGUGUCUGUGACUGUAAAUGCUUCACUUUAUUGCAAAAAGUAAACUUACCCUUGAAAUCACAGCUCAGUCCUUAUUUAUUGGGGUAUGUUACUGCUGGAUUUCCCUCUUUUUUUUUUUUUUUUUUGAUUCAUGCAAAGUUAUUUUCAUCUCCUCCAAAAACAAGAGUUUUCCAAAAUGAGUUAAGAUGUCUAUAAAUAAAUAAAUAAAUAUAUAUUCGUUUGUAAAGGCAAUUGUUGCAUUUUUUUUCAUGUCAGUGGCUUCAUGUUGUCCAAGAUGUUCCACUUCCCUCAAGUCACCAAACUCAAAAUGGCAUAGUGUGUCAUGCAUAGAAUUUUCAGUCUGAAGGCUGAAGUUACAUGGGCACACAGCAGGGUUAAAAAGCCAGCGCAUUUAUUUUGGUGCACUGCUCUGUCAUGUAUUCGUUUGGGGAACUAAUGGAAAUUGACGCUGGACAAACUUGAAGUUUAUUUCAUGUCUGCUGUAUGUUGACCUGCAUUUUCGCUAGUUUGUUGAGACCUGAAUUGCCCUUUUAGUCGUCGUCGUUUCUGCCAGCUACUCUGGAAGGAAUACAGUGGAUGUUUACAUUGUUUGCUGGUUGAGUGAUUGUGUUGCAGAAGUGUACUAAACAUUCCCAUCUGUCUACAUAAACUGUGUUGUGCAUUGAUUGAUUUGUGAGUUUACAUGUCCAUGAAUAAAUUAAAUUAUAUUGGAA